GGUGCAGCCACGCCUUCUUCAGCCAAUGGGCAACAGAGUGGCGUCAGUGUCCGCGGAGCAUAGUGAUGGUAGAGCUGAUGGAGAACAAGAAGAACCAGGUGCUGAACCUUGAGCGUGUGCAGGCGCUGGAGACCUGGCUGAAAACAACGAAUACAAAACUGACUCAAGUGAAUGGGCAGAGAAAAUAUGGAGGACCACCUGAGGUGUGGGACGGUCCCACCCCAGGAGCCCGCUGUGAGGUCUUCAUUAGCCAGAUCCCACGGGACGCCUACGAAGACCUGCUGAUCCCCCUGUUCAGCUCCGUGGGCCCGCUCUGGGAGUUCAGGCUCAUGAUGAACUUCAGUGGGCAGAACCGCGGCUUCGCAUACGCCAAAUACAGCUCGUCAGGUGUCGCUGCUGACGCGAUCCGCCUGCUGCACGGCCACAUGCUGGAGCCUGGCUUCCGCCUCAGUGUCCACCGCAGCACAGAGAAGAGACACCUCUGUAUCGAAGACCUGCCAGCUUCCACUAGGCAAGAGGACCUACUGCAGGUGCUGCGUGUGCUGGCAGAGGGGGUGGAGAGAGUGUCUCUGAAGGCGGGGGCUGGUAUAGAGGGGGUGUCAGCUAUAGUCGCCUUCUCAUCCCACCACACUGCUUCUAUGGCCAAGAAGAUGCUGGUGGAAGCAUUCAAGAAGCAGUUUGCUCUGACCGUCUCCAUCAAGUGGCAGUCAUCAGUGAACUCGAGCUCUGACGAGCCGCUGCCUCCACAGAAAUCUUCAAUGAGCCUCCUGGCUUCAUCCCUGAGGCCGCUGCGCCACAUCCUGAGUUCUCCUCCGGCCUCAGCCCUGCCCCCUCGUCUGGCCUGCCAUCCAUCCAUCCCUCCAGGUUUCUGCAGAGCAGUGGGAGGACCCGCUGUAUCCCCACACACCCCCUACUCCCCCACCUUCUCCUCUGAGGGGGGGCAUCUAGUUUCUGCAGCAGCCCCAGUGAUGCUCCUGCAGAAGGUGUGUGAGGCGACUGGGGUCGGCCAGCCACUGUAUGAGAUGUACUGCAGCCAUGCUGGGCCAGAUGGAUACCUCUACUUUAUCUACAAAGUGCGUAUCCCUGGGAUAACUGUGCCAUUCAAAGGCCUGGUCAUGAUCUUGCCGGGACCCACUCCCACCAAUACGCUGGAGGAAGCUCGGCAGGCUGCAGCCCAGCAGGUCCUGCAGAGGGUUCACCGUAACCAGCUCUCCCACUGAUGAGCUCAGGAAAUAACAGGCCUCAUCCUGCAGCACUGUUUCGGACAGUUUGUUUGAUUAAUGAUGUAAUAUCUAAAAAAGGUUUGAUCUUAAAUGUGGUUGAUUUCUGCAUGUUUUAAUGUAGUUGCAGUAGAGUUGUUUGUCUGAUUUGAUCUUCUGUGGUUUGUUUUAUGCAUGCGUUUUGUGUUAUUGUUAAUUGGUUCCUCAUUUUAAUUAAAUGAGAAAUGAUGAA